UUUCCGGAUAUCGAUGGAUGUCAUUUAUUCCGGAUGUCAUUUAUCGAAUAGAUAAUAUGCUUAUCACUGUAUCAGUCAUUUAUUGCUACAUAUAAAUGUAAAAGGGAAAAUAUGGCAAUUAAUCCGUGCUUUUGUUGGAAUAUCAAGGAUGGUACUGUUACUGUUGGCCUUUGGUCAUUGGUUUAUUCAUUGGCAUCAUUGGUACUAUUCGGCUGGCAGUUGAAUGUUAUCAGUUCUUGUCAGACGGUGACAAUGUCUCAAGCAAAUCUUCAAUGCGAAUAUUGGUGCCCAUGUGUUGGUGCAUCCCAUGAACGUACAAGUACCCUGAUACAGGGUGUACUCUAUUGUACAGUUGGUACUAUUCAGCUGGCAAUCUUACGCAAUCAAAUACCAUCGGGACAUUGCUUCCAAUCAACUAAUACCCGCCCAUAA